UUACCAUCAACAAGUCAGUCAGCCCACUGUAGCUAAUGUUAGCAAAAAACAGUCUGCCUUUCGAUAGAAGCUACCAUAUCCGAAUAACUGUAUCGUAAUCAGACAACAGGUAGUCAGAAUUAUCAACGCAUAUAAGUAAUCGAGCUAUGUGUCUCGUGCGCAUGGGAAACUUAGAAGAGAACCUAGCUACUGGUUGAACACUAGCUAGCAUGCUAAUCUCAAUGAAUGCGACCAGAGGAAAUUGUUCAUAGUUUUCAGAAUGACAAAUCAGCAGUUCACGACACUGGCUUACACGAAAAGCCCCAAAACAUCGAGGAGGACAACAUUCCAGGAUGAACUUCAGGCUGCUGUGUCUGCCAGGGCUAGCAAAACCGAAACAGACCAAUACUCCUACUCUGAUGACUUUAAUGAAGAUGAGGAUGAUUUUUUAAAUCAACUCCUCAAAUCAAGAAAAGAGAGGGCUAGGGCUUUUAAGGCUGGGAAGAGUAAAUCCAAAAUCAACACCUUCGAGGUUUCGGACGAUGAGGACAAACACGGCAGGACAAAGAGAGUUUCAUUUCUGAAAUCCAAAAGAAUUGACACUCCCUUGGAAGUAACGACGGCACCAGAGUUGGGAGAAAACGAUCCGUCCGACACUUCCGACAGUCGACAUAACAAUUAUAAUGACUCAUUAUCCACCCAGCGCUCAACAAACGUUGGUGAAGAUAACGUAAAAUAUAAAAGCAGUUAUGGGGAGACUGCUGAUCCACAUAUCAGGAGACAGAGCUCAGUAAAAUCUCUGUCGUUCCAAACAUCAGAUGACACUCUACCGGACAUGCUAUUGCCCUUACCAUCUGACAACAGUGUGAUUGAAACUCCAGUUCCCGAUGAGAACAGCAACUUGGAAGAAAGUUACCAGAGUGCGCAGUUAUCAGCAAAUAACCUGACACAUGUGUCAACAGCAGAGAGGGAGCCACCCAAGCCUAAACCGAGGCAAAGGACUCUCGGAUUGAGCCUCCACCCUAAGGAGAAAAUAGCUGAAAGUGGUGAUUCUCAGGAAGUAAGCAGGCCCCAGACUUCUUCUGCAUCCAUUCCCCUCUCCACUGACUCAUCCAGCAACAACACUUGGACAAAAGGAGAUAGCGCACUUUCAUGCAGCUUCAGCAAAUCUUUUUCAAGCAAGAGUGAACAGUCACAGCUCUCUUCAAAGUCCACUAUUGAUUCUGGAUCCCGAGAUGACUUUAUUUCUGAUGACAGCAAAGAGCAGGAGAGCAAGUACUCCACAUCAUUUGAAGAGUUCAAUGCAGGAUCGGGAGAUGCCUCACAUCAAACUUCUCAUGUCCGUGAAAAAUCAUUUGAUACCAGGACAUCAAGUUCUCUUUCAAAGACUACUCAGAGAUCUCAGAGUGCCUGCUCCAGAAAUGUGGAAUCAAAAUAUUUGGGAUCGCUCAAACUUCUGGAUCGUAAAGUCUCACUCCAGGAGUCUCAGCCUCAAACAGCAGAUUCCAUCCGAGCUGCCAUUUACCAGGAAUGGCUUGAAAAGAAAAAGAAAAGUCAAGAGAGAACAGUGCAGCAAAAGAAGCAAGAGGACAUCCUUAAAGAGAAAAAGAAAAGGGAAGAAGAGGCUAAGAAGGGAGAUGCUGUAGCAUCAUAUGAGGCUUGGAAAAAGCAGAAAGCACAAAGUCUCAAAGCAAAAGCCAAAGAAAAGGAAGAUGCGAUCAUGAGAGAGCAAAGAGAGAUUGAAGGAAAACAAGAAAAAAUGCAAUCUGCUAAACAGGUGUUUGAACAAUGGAAACUCGAACAUGAUCAUCUCCUCAAAGAAAAGUCCAGGAAACAAAAAGAAGCUGAAAGUAGACUUCAGUUUGGAAAACAAGAAAAGGAGAAAGAAAGGAAAAAUGACAGCAAAUCUGCCGUUUCUGGUUGGCAUGAUAAGAAGAAAGAUGUUUUCCAUGAAAUAGUGACAAUGAAGCGUAAAGAAAUACAAAAUAAAUCAGAGGAGGAACGCUACAUGAAAGAAGAGAGAGAUAAAAUGGCUUUAGAGAUGUAUGAAAGCUGGCUGGUACGGAAAGAUCUGGAACAGAAGAGACAAAAAGAAGAAAGACGAAUACAAACGAUUCUCCGAGAUAGCCCACCUCCUCCAUGGAGCCCUCCAAAUAAAACCGUACCAUUUCGAAAAUAAUAUUUUUACAUUACAUUACAUGUCACUUGUUAGACGCUUUUCUCCAAAGCGACUUACAUAGCCUACUCAAUACUGUGGGCAAUCCCCACAGGAGCAAUUUGGGGUGAAGUGUCUUGCCCAGGGACACAACGACAUGCUGACUGUAGUGGGGUUUGAACCUGUGACCUCCUGAUCCGAAUACCAACUCACCACACGCCUAUUUGAAUUGAAUAUAACCCCCUUCAGAUAUCUGUCGCUUCUGAGAUACCUUUUUCAUUGUACGUGUUGAACUGUUUGUUGUGUUUAACAAUUGAUCAUGGUAACAGUUAAAUUAUAUAUAUUAGCAGCUCUAGUGUAAGUUUAAUUGUAAUGUGUUUUAUAUGUUGCAUUAUGUUUUGAAAGUUGUUUUUCUGUGACAUGGUGACAUGUCAAAACCAAAGGAAACUAGCAAUAAAAAUAAACUAUAUAUCUAUGUUAGCCAUGAUGUUAGCAUGUUAUACAAAUUAAUUUGAAGCAGCAAUAGGAAAACUACGACUAUAUAAGGCUAAUUUGUCUGAACAAUCUUCUAUUGUUCAUGGCUGAACUGCUGUUGAUGAGUUGUUUUCUUUAAACUACAAGACCCAACAACAUCACACAAUCUUAGAAACAGAUCUCUUUAACAUUCAGUGCUUAUUUUAUGUUAAACAUGAUUCAUUUGUUGUAUUUGUGUUUUUUCUCACUGGUUUUUUUUAUUCCUUUUUUUGGAGUCACAGUGUACAGUUUGAUCAAUUAACAGGUCGUUCUAUUAAAGUGACUAUAGCAAACUAAAUAAAUAACAAACAAUAAGUACAA